AUGGACCCCUCAAAGCUCUUGACCAAGACCUCUAAGGACUCGGCGGUCGACGCUGCAGCGCAGGCAGAGUUCAGUGAGAAGAAGCGCGUUUGGAUCCCCGACACCGUCGAGGGCUUCCUUCCGGGAUGGAUCAAGACGGAGCCUGCGCAGCGCUCGACUGGCCCAGAUGCCACUGCCGAAGUGGUCAUCACGACCACCAACGAGAUGCGCACAGUGCCAGUGGACACGCUUUCGCCCAUGAAUCCUCCACAGUUUGACAACGUUGAAGACAUUGCCGAGCUCACCCACCUCAACGAGGCCAGCGUGGUGAACGACCUUCGUCAACGCUACGGAUCUGGAAGCAUCUAUACCUAUUCAGGCUUAUUCCUCAUCUCGCUCAACCCAUACCGUCCGCUCCCCAUCUACACCCCCAAGAUCAUCUCGCAAUACCGCACAAAGAGGCGAGAAGAGAACGCUCCACACAUAUUUGCCAUUGCAGAACGCGCAUGGCAGCAGAUUGGCGAGGAGCGUGAGAGCCAGAGCAUCUUGAUCACCGGUGAAUCCGGUGCCGGCAAGACAGAGAACACAAAGAAGGUCAUCCAAUACCUCGCCGCUAUCGCGAGCGCGUCCGACCCCUCGACCUCCACCGCGUCAGCACCCAUCACUGGCCUUCCCCGCUCAUCAAGUUACAAGGGCAGGGACGCCGAAGAGAUCGACUUGGCAUCUCUCGCAACACAGGAUGCCGAGCUUGGUCUCCUUGAGCGCCAGAUCCUCCAGGCAAACCCCAUCCUCGAGGCGUUUGGUAACGCUCAGACCAUGCGCAACAACAACUCUUCGCGUUUCGGCAAGUUUGUUCGCAUCUUCUUCUCGCCUGCCGGUGCCAUUGCCGGUGCCAACAUUGACUGGUACCUUCUUGAGAAGAGCAGGGUGACUGCCCGGGCCUCUGGCGAGCGGUCCUUCCACGUCUUCUACCAGCUGCUCAAGGGUGCCAAAGAGGCCGGUCUGAGCGAACCUCUCCUUAUCGAAGGCGGCCCUGAAGACUACAACGUCCUCAACAAGACCAGGCAGCAGAUUGACGGUGUGGACGACCUCAGCGAGUGGCGCUUGCUCAAGGAGGCUCUUGGCGUUGUCGGUUUCACCAAGGACGAGCAGUUUGAGCUCUUCCGUGUCGUCGCCACCAUCCUUCACAUUGGUAACAUUGUCCUGGUUGGCGGCUCGGCCGACCAGUGUUUCAUGCCCCCGGAGUCGCAGCCAACGGCCGAGAAGGUCUGCCACCUCCUUGGUAUCCCCGUCAAAGACUUUAUGAAGUCGGUCCUUUCACCAAAGGUCCGCGCCGGUCGCGAGUGGGUUACCCACGCCAGGUCAAAGAAGCAGGCAGAGGACGAGCUCGCCGCUCUGUCCAAGUUCAUGUUUGAGAAGACGUUUGGCUGGAUGGUUGACCGUAUCAACAAGGCUCUCGAUCGCCCCAGCACCAAGUCGCUCUCCAUUGGUGUCCUCGAUAUCGCUGGCUUUGAAAUCUUUGAAGAGAACAGCUACGAACAGAUGCUCAUCAACUUUACCAACGAAAAGCUUCAGCAGUUCUUCAACUUCCACAUGUUCACCCUCGAGCAGGAAGAGUACACCCGCGAGGGCAUCAAGUGGGACUAUGUCAACUUUGGUCUCGACCUCCAACCCACUAUCGACCUCAUCGAGGCGACCCAGCCUGUGGGCAUUCUCUCCUUACUCGAUGAAGAGUGUAUCAUGCCCAAGGCCACCGACGUCACGUUCACCGACAAGGUGCAAGGUAUCUGGGAACCCCCCAAGGGUUCAAACCGGCAGGUCCACGCCGGUUCUGCCAAGUUCCGUGCCACCCGCUUCAGCCGUGGGUUCGUUAUCAAGCACUACGCCGGCGACGUCGAGUAUGUUACCGAGGGCUGGCUCCAGAAGAACAAGGACCCCAUCAACGAUGCCGUCGCUCGCCUCCUCUCCGCGUCCUCGGUUCCUAAGAUUAAGAUCAUGUUUGCCGACUACGCAGAGGACGUCAACGCCCCGGUCGGUGGCAAGCGUAUCAAGCGCGGUGCCUUCCGCACUGUCGGUCAGCGCCACAAAGAGCAGUUGGGUCAGCUCAUGACCCAACUCGCUGCCACUCAGCCCCACUUUGUGCGCUGCAUCGUCCCCAACUCGGAGAAGAAACCUGGCAAGGUCAACGUCAACCUUGUCCUCGACCAGCUCCGCUGCAACGGUGUCAUUGAAGGUAUCCGUAUUGCCCGUCUUGGCUUCCCCAACCGCCUGUCGUUUGCCGAAUUCCGCCAGCGCUACGAAGUGCUGGCCCCUGGUGUCAUCCCGCAGGGCUACAUGGAUGGCCGCAAGGCUGCCGGCCUGAUUGCCGAAGCGCUCGAGCUCGACUCUGAGUUCUACGCUAUCGGAGCCACCAAGAUCUUCUUCAAGGCCGGCAUCCUCGCAGAGCUCGAGGAGCGCCGCGACAGCCUCCUCACGGACAUUUUCCGUCGCUUCCAGGCGGCGGCGCGCAUGCACAUCUGCCGCCGCAGAAUCAACAAGCUCAUCAACCGCGCCCAGGCCGUCCGCACCAUCCAGCGCAACGCUCGUGCCUACAAUGAGCUUCGUGACUGGCCUUGGUGGUCGCUCUACGUCAAGGUCCGCCCCUUGCUUGCCGCCACCCGCUCCGAUAACGAGCUUGCACGCAAGGCGGCCGAGCUGGCCAUCGCCAAAGAGCGUGCUGAGCGCGAUGAAAAGGAGAAGAAGCGCCUGGAGGAGCUUCGUGCCACUCUCUUGGCCGAGAAGGAGAAGGUCGAGAAAGACCUCUUGUCUGAGCGUGACCUGGCCCUCGAGAAGGAGCAGCUCCUGACUCGCUCCAAGGAGGCCGAGUCCACGCUCCAGGAGCGCGUCACCGAGCUCGAGGCGGAGCUCGAAAGGCUCGAAGCGGCGCGCGACGAGGCUGCCGCCACUGCCGAGGGCCACCGCGACAACCUCGCCAAGCUCCAGCACAAGCACGACCAGCUCGCCGAGCAGGUGCGCAUGUUUGAAAAGGACAACGCCGCUUGGCGUGAGCGUGAGGCCGACCUUCUGCGCCAGUCCAAGGAUAAAUCCGCUACCCACUCCAAGCUCGAGAAUGAGAAGAUGGAGCUGUCUCGUCAGCUCGACGACUUCCGUCGGGACAUGACCAAGAAGGAGGAGCAGACACGUCGCAGCAAGGAAAAGAAGGACGGCGAGGUUGUUGAUCUCCAAAAGCUCAUCCAGGAGGAGAAGAAGAAGAGCAACACCCAGGUCGCUUCUCUUACCAAGGACCUCAGACGUCGGGAGAGCGAGCUCUCGGACCUCAAGGAGAUGAUUAAGGCCCAUGAGACGACCAUCACAGCCAAGCAGAUGGUCAUUGCUGAGCUCGAAACCAAGGGCUCCGCCUCUAUCAAGGCCAAUGAGGCAGUUCAAGCCGAAAAGGCUCGCCUCCAGUCCAAGAUUGACGGUCUCACUGCCGACAUUACUGCGCGUAACAAGGAGCUCCAGCAGAGCACUGCCGAGGGCACCAAGUUGCAACAGUCGCUCGACGAGCUGCGCAAGACCUUGGACGCCAAGACUUCAGAAGACAUUAAGCGUCGCGAGGUGGAGAAGAACCGCGAUGACGAGAUGACCAACCUCCGCAAGAAGGUCGAGAACCUGCAGGCCUCGUCGGAGAAGCAACGCGAGAGCGCAGUACAGCUCGCCAACAAGCUUCGUGUCGACAUUGAUGCUCUUCGCAGCCGUCACUCGUCGGCAGAGAAGGACCUGGCUACCGCCAACCAGACGCUCAAGGCAAAGGCUUCCGAGGUUGUCAAACUCGAGGCUGCUGCCGCCGAUGCCGACAAGUCCAGGAAGCAGGUCCAGGCCGAGCACGAUUCGAUCGUCAACCAGCUCAAGACGACCGAGCGCAAGCUUCAGGACAUGACUGCCACCUGCGAAGGUCUCAACCGCCAGGUCGCCGAGAACGAGGAGCGGUUUGCCGACCUCGAGGACGCCCUUCUCCCUCUCGAGCAAGAGCGCGAGGUGCUUCGCAAGCGCCUGGAGCAGACCACCAAGCAGCUCUCGGAUGAGAUUGCCACUCGCCAGCGCAUGGAGCGCGACAUUCUCGACGCCAAGGAGCAGCUCGCUUGCUACCGCAAUGACAUGCAGGAGCUUGAGCGUGAGCUCGCCUCUGCUGCUGGUGACAUCAAGGCUCGCGACGACGAAGUGGCGCUUCUCCGCAGCCGCGAGAACAAGACAAUUGUGGAGCACGUCCACGUCCUCGAGUCUGCCAAGAAGAUGACAGACCGCCAGCUCGCCGAGCAAGUCGCCGAGAACAAGCGUCUCAACCAGAUUCUCAAGUCGCUCGAGACCCACCGCCACCGUCUCCAGGGCGACCUGGAUGACCUCCAACGGUCCCACGACCUGCUCAAGAAGACCAAGGGCAAGGAGGCGCGUACCGCUCGCGCAUCGCUUAGCACCGAGGACAAGACGGCCAUCAUGGCCCUCGAGGACGAGCGCAAGGCCCGCAUGGCUGCCGAGGCCAAGGUCGCGUCUCUCGAACGUGACCUCCAGGACCACCGCCGCCGCAUGUCCACUGCUGUUCUCAGCCCCAAGCGCACCGUCUCAGGGUCGUCUGAUGGCAAGCUCAUUCGGGCCAUGGACGAGAUCACCCGUCUCCAGAAGGCCCAGGACAAGCUCCUCACCGAGAAUGAGCGCCUCGCAGCUGAGCUGGGUGCAGGCCAAAGGGGUCUCACUCGCGGAGGGCCUACCAUCAAGGGUCAGACUUCGCGUGCCGAGCUCCUCCGCGGAUUGCAACAGUCACACGAAGCUCUCGGUCGCGACAUGACCGACCAGCUCCGCCGUCUUGACACGGCCCCGCUCACGCCGUCCCGGCGACACAACAGCGGCAGCCUGAGCAUUAGUGGCGGUAUCCCGUCCAACCUCACGGGCUCUCCGACAUCUCCCGAGGGCAAGAGGAUAAGCAAGCUUGAGAUGGAGAUCCAGGGCUUGCGACAGAAGAUUGAGCAGGACAAGGACGAGAAGGAGUUUAUGUUUGAGCGCCUGCAGGAGUUGCAGGGUGGAGACAAGGCCAAGCCUCCUUUCCCUUACGAGCAGGCCAUGUUUAGCCAUUUUAGGCUGAAGGCGAAGAAUCUCAGGCGCGACUUGGAUCACUGGCUCGCGAUGGAGGACCUGAACGCGACCAACGGCAAUGGUACCUUGUCACCGCACUCGACAGGAGGUAGCAACGUCCCGUUCGCCGAGGAUGUGCAGAAGCUCAGCAAGCUGCUCAGCCAGCUCGACCCGGAGACAUCGCCUCUCCCUAUGCGGGCACCAUGA